CCUCUCCGCCCGAGAAACAUCAUGUCUUCGCCUAGCGAAAGCCGCAUUAUACUGCAUUUUGAGGGCAUUCCUGAACUCCAAGAAGAUUUCGGGUCCUUAUCAACGGGAUCGGAAAAGCCUCACAAGCCGUUACCAUACUAUCUGCGCGAGGCCCACUACCAAUACACACCAGUUGGAGAGGGGUCAACAAGAGUUCUUUUUCUUCUUGAAGCUGAGUUCUUUCAUGAUGGCCUCCAGGGCGCUCUGUUAGACGUGCAGCUCUCGGAGAACCUACACGAUGAUUUGGCAUAUACGGCCUUAUCAUAUGUUUGGGGCACCGAACGAAAUACCCACACUAUUUCUAUUGGCAACGAGACUCUGUAUAUUGGUGCAAAUCUUGACUCGGCCCUACGCCAUUUGCGGAGACGCGACCGACCGUUGCUCAUGUGGAUCGAUGCCAUAUGCAUUAAUCAGUCCGAUGUCCAAGAACGAAGUUCCCAAGUCCACCAGAUGCGCCAAAUCUACGAGUGCGCACAGGACACCAUCAUCUACCUAGGGGACCAGACUGGGGAAAGCAUUGGUGUUUCGGCCUGGAACUAUCUGGAGCGAAAUAGCUCAUGGGCGCUUAAUGAAAACAAGGAUAAGGACUAUGGCUUGCCCGCAAUAAGGAAUGGCGAGAUUAGUUCUCGUGGCGACCUCCACGAUGUCUACCAUGAUGUCCUCUCUCGCCUGUGGUUUACUCGAGUCUGGGUCUUUCAGGAAGCUGUCGUAUCCAAGGAUAUCUCUAUUCAGUGUGGCCACCGUCGAAUCUCUUGGGAUGACUUUAUCAAGACUGUGAUCCUGCAAUCGGACGCACACGAUCCCUACCGCGAGAGCCUCCGACAGCAGGACAAUUUCGAGAUGGUGCGCCAAAUCUGGCAGGCUCGCAUAGCCUUCCAUCUAGCCAAGGGCCAGGAACAAUGUCUCCCAGCCUGGUACACGGACGCUUCGAACCCAAAAGAAACUAAGACCAACAUCUUGGAUAUGCUCGUACGCGCAAGGAAUCUGCGAGCUUCGGAUCCUCGUGACAAGAUUUUCGCUCUCUUGGGUAUCAGUACUGGCUUUGACUGGGAGGCGAGCAGCACAAUCGACUACAGCAUGUCCACAUCCCAAGUUUACUCUACCUUUGCGAGACAAUUCAUGACCGCAGGCGAAGAUUACACCCUUCUCAGUUACUUGAGCAAGGGAUCGACGAUCCAGUGGUUGGAUCGAAGUAUAGAGGAUUGGAAAAUGGAGGCAGAGAGGUACCGGUUGAUCUUGGAAAAGUUGGAAUCGAUCAAAAACCAGGAAUUCAAUCAAAUCCAUAACACAAGAAGCGCGGUGCUUGAGGCGCGGCUGUGUCAAGCGCUUCAUCAGGAGUCCUUUGCAACUGUUGCAUUUCACGAGUGCUCCUCUCAAGUGGAUCGAUUGUCCUCUCAGCGGGCGAAAUACGCUGGAAUUGAGCGUAUGACAUUACCGUCGUGGGUGCCUGACUGGCAGUGCAUUCCUUUGGAAGCAUCUGAGCCCCGGGCUAUCAUCGAGACUGUUCUACCACCCGAUUCCGACCCAGUGUCCGCCACGGCAAACAGUAGACACUUACUUGAUGAGAUUGAGAGUUUCCGUACAUGGCUGCCAAAUGGACAGCUUGCGGUUCACGGUCGAGUGAUUGGAAAAGUAAGCAAUAUUAUGUCGCCCACCUCGCUCCUAGGUGAGAACGAAGCAGAUUUCGACAAUCUCAGAAAUGACUGGGAGGAGAACGAGACCUACCAGAAAGAACCGCUCGAAGCCCAGAUUCUAACACUAUGGGCACACUUCCUUGAUGCCACCGCCCAUAAGGAGGCUGACAAUUGCCUGAACACGGUUGGGAGCCGCACAAUAGCAUCCAGAUUUGAUCUUCACAAACGCGCCUACAAUAUCACGCGGGUGCUCGCCAAGCCACCUGGAACUCAAUACCCUGGCAUGCAUGCACCCAUUUCGUUUUUGGAUUACAUCGAUACGAAAACGUGCCCCCCUAAGAAGGGUUCUAUCGAGUCCCACCUCGUUGCUAGGGCGCGCAAGUCGGCGGCGUGGUACGAUGAACAUGAGCCUCCUUCAGGAAUCAUGAAAGAUCGGAGUUCCAUCAUUGACCAACGACUGCUUGGUGUCUACAACACCUUACCUGAGGAUUUAGCACCUUACGAUGGUGUCGACAGGCCGCAACCAGAGAAGGCUUGUUCCCAACUCGUGCUACUGCCUCCCACAGCCCAGUUCGGUGACUUGGUCGUGUAUUUCCCCGGCUCCAAGCUUCCCUUCCUAGUCCGCCCGAUCAAGACGUGUGGAAUCAUGGAGAGUCAGGUCGAGAGUGAGCUGACUAGCGGCGGGUUGCCUCUCAUCGAUUGCACCGAGAGAUAUAUGGAGUGCAUGAUGAUUGGUGAGUGUUGGAUCAAUUGCUUCGCCGAGACUGCAAGUGAACCGAAAAAGUUAUCGUUUAUAUUCGGCAUCAUCUAGCUAGAUAGGAAAGUAAAAUCCUCGUCGAGGAGGUGCAAU